UGAAGAUAAACGACAAGAAUUACUUAAGCCCAGAAAAUUCGUUGCUAAAUAUAUGCAUACUCAUUCUAAAACUCAUAGUGAAUUAUUAAAUCCUACUACAGACUCUAUGCUUUCUGGUUUAUUUCAAAGUUCUAGAUCUUCGGCAUCAAUCAAACACU